AUGGGGAAGCGCGUGGCGGAGUUCAUUCCCAACUUCGCCAUCGCGCUCACCAUCUACCUCACCGUGCAUGCCUUCGUGCUGCCGUCGACACUCCCAAGGCAUAACCGAUCCCUCCGCGGAACCGACUCCGCCGCCGCACGAUCCGGCGCUGGUCACGGCGACGGCGCAUCGUCGGGGGAGGCCUUCCCGGGAAUGGACGACUGGCCGGACGCGCCGAGCCUGCCACGUCGGCGCAUCCUCCGCGCCGCGUCAUCCGACGAUCUCGUCGACGUGGACGAUCUCGACAUGGUCCACAAUCAGAACAUGCCGCUUCCUGAUUGGGCGAGAGAUAUUCCCUCCAUGACCAUCUUCUGCGCUCCGAAGCCGUACUUGAACACCCCGGAGGACCCGCAGCGCCGCGCGCUGCUCUCAUGGCUGCGGCUCCGCCCGCAACCCAAGGUCGUGCUGCUGGGAUCGGACCCCAGCUUCGAUCUCCUCGCGCAGGAAUUCCCGGGAUCCGUAUUCGUCGACUCGACGAUCGACACGAAUUUCUACGGCGUGCCGCUGUUCCACGCGAUGGUCGCGCGCGCGCAAGCGGCGGACACGCCGCUGUCGAUGCUGAUCAACGGGGAUAUUAUUCUCCUCUCCGAUAUCGUCCCCGCGAUCGGGCGCGUGCAGGCGUUUUUCAGCGAGUGGAUCCUAACCGCGUCGCGAUGGGACGUCGCGGUGGAUUUCCCGUAUUCGUUUGAGAAAGACGCGUGGCGGCGGAAACCCGGGCCGGUCGGGAUGAUGGCGGAGGCGCAGCGCGAGGCGGAGAUCCGCCGGUUCGUGCGGCGCGAGGGGAGCUUGCACACGUACGGCGGGGUAGACCUCUGGGUGUGGAACAACGUCCCCAACGUUCCGCUUUUCUCGGCGCACAUGCCGCCGUUUUCGUUCGGGCGCGGGAAGUACGACAACUGGUUCGUGCACGAGUCUGUCGCGAGCGGGCUGCGACAGGUGGUAGACGCGAGCGACGCGAUCACGAGCAUCCACGUGGCGCACACGUACUCGCACGUGCGCGUGGAGGAGAGCAAGGCGGGCGGGCAUUUUUGGAGCACGCGGAAGAAGAGCAGCUGGGAGCUGUUCGCGAAUAUUCACCUGGCGGAGACGCACGGCACGUAUACGAAUCAGAAGGGCACGGCUCUGCACACGCCGUGGCGGCUUUCGUCGUGCUACGAACCCGAUUCACUGAACAUCUGCAUGUUGAAGCGCGAGCGACCGGCCAACUGCUCCUGCGAAUACUCAGCCUACGAGUACAAGACCCAGUCUGACCCGCGCAAGCACCACUCGGGCGACUUCUGGAUCUGCGGCGUCGUCUCAAUUGAUCGCCGCGCCGAUUUCGCCAUCAACGCCGUAGCCCGCACCAACUCCACCGUCGGCCUCCCUCACACCAUGGAGCAGCUGUUACCACAGCUGGCCAGGAUCGUCCCGGACGUCCCCUUGCCAGGCGCUGCUGGCGCUGGAAAGCCCAAGGAGCUCAAGGUGGUAACCCUGGUUGCGGUUACGUUUGGUUAUGCUGAAAUGCUGAUGAAUUUCGUGUGCAAUUUACGAAAGCUGGGGCUCGGGAAUAACCUGAUUGUUGCGGCUCUGGAUGAGGAUUUGUACCGGUUUGCGUUCACGCAAGGCCUGGCGGUGUUUUACGAGCGCGCGAGUACAACUAUGAGGGGGAUAGACCAAGGCCAGUGCCAGUUCGGCACCAAGUGCUUCCGGCAAUUCACCAAGCUGAAAUCCCGCGCGGUGCUGAGGGUUCUCAAGGCCGGGUACUCGGUCCUCUGGUCUGACGUGGACAUUGUCUGGUUUUCCGAUCCUCUCCCGCACCUGCUCUCGUACGGGCCUGGCACGUUCCCGAUCCAGAGCAACGAGCCGAACGCGACGCUGUCAGGCACGGGGAUCCGGCGGAUCAACUCGGGGUUUUAUUUCGCGAGGGCGGAUCCCAUGACUGUGAAGGGAUUUGAGGCGAUUGUCGCGCAUGCAGCCAAGACACAACUGUCAGAACAGCCAAGCUUCUACGAUGUUCUAUGUGGGGAGAAGGGGGAGCUGCUGCUUCCAGAGAGUGUGGUGGAUGCUGAGGGGAGGAAGGUUCACCGGGAGGAAUGUCAGUGGAGCAAUGGCCUUCGGACGAUUUUUCUGCCGAGGGAUAUGUACCCGAAUGGAGCUGUGCAUGACUUUUGGAACCAGCCGAAUGUGGCGAAUGCAUGCAGCGGGUGCACGAUUCUGCAUAAUAACUGGAUUUCGGGGAAAGAGGCGAAGAAGGAUCGGUUGGUAAAGAACCGGUUCUGGUUUUAUGACUCGUCGCGGCGCAUGUGCAUUCAUGACUGGCAUGCGAUGCUGAGGGAGAGGUUUGGGGAUGAGAUGGGUGUUGGGAAGAGUACUGAUGCUGCUUCAGGUCUCCUCAAGAGCGGCAAUGGUGGGUCCCGGCAGCGCCUUAAUCUCCUCGGCAUCGGCGCCUUCUCUCCUACCGCAAUUAGCGGCGGAUCUUCCGCUGCCGUGGAAGUCGCAGAGAGUUUUGACAAACCUGCGGCUGCCCCGGCAAACGCGGAGGAUGAAGCGUCUGUCGACGUCGAGAAGGUUCGCGAGCAGCUUCUUCGCGAGGGCUUCGUCAUUCUCAAAGACGCGCUUCCGCGAUCAACGGAAUGGUCCGAGCCGCCUAAGCUUCCCGCUCAGCUCUUCCCAACGACAGCAGCGUCCGAAUCGGAAUCGGAGUCGGACGCUGAGUUAAUCUCCACCCCCGCGUCGCUUGUAGCCAAGGCUCUUCUGCCGUCCUUGCCGGCGUCCGCGCUUCGGGUGGUGGAGGACGUGACGGGGACCAACGUGGAUCAGGGCCCGGCCACGUGGCACACUGUGAUUCGUCAAUGGUCUGCUGGCCUGGGCUGUUUGGACGGCAAGACGUGCGAGAACCCGAGCUUCGUCAGCGACAGCUGGCAGGUCGCCUGCACGCCGCCUGCUGACGUGGAGCUGAGUAGGCAGCGCCUGGAUGAUGCGAUUCUGACUGUUGUGGUUGCCACCCAAAACACCAGCGACACGUCAGCGCCUGCCCAGCUGGCGAUCUUCCCGCACAGCCAUUGGCUCGUAGCCGAUUGGCUGGAUGCUGCUGACAAGGAACCUUCCUUGAACCUUCUCCCCCGGCCAAACCAACUGCCUCUCCCAGCACCCAUCAAGGAAUCAGACGCUGACGUGGCAGCACCCCGAACCUUCUCCCUGCCGCCAGAGCUGAGCGAGCAAGAACUGGAAGCACUGGAGGAGGAAGAGGAAAAGGCCAACCUUGGGAAUUGGGCGGUAGCCAUGGUCGGCCGCUCCUCCCCAUCCGCAGAAGCAGCAGAAGCAGCGGCGGCAGUGCCAUUCCCCCAUGCAGACGCGCGCAGCCUCAUGCUCUGGCGUCUCACAUCGCAAGCCCGCCACCUUCUCGAAGCCCAACGCUUUGAGGAGGCGCUACCUCUUCUCAGGAGGGCGGUGGGGCUGCGGCCGCAGGAUGCGUGGCUGUGGUACCAGGCGGGCAGGAGCGGCGAGCAGGCGGCUCCCAAGGGACAGCUGGCGGGGCGGGCGGGGAGGAAAUGCAUGCUGGAAGAUUCCGAGCGGUUUCUGCUGCGCGCCAUUGAGCUAGCUCCAGCAUGGCCUCUGCCGUACGCUUCUCUCAUCAACGCCCUUAUUGCCAUGGGUCGUGGGAGGGAGGAGGAGGCACCAGCAGUUUUGCACCAGCUGCUUGCGAUUCCACGCCUUGCUGCAAUUCGUGCUGCCAACCCAGCAACCGCUGCUACUGUCAACCACGCUGUGCAGUUGAUCCAGACAAAUAUACCAUCAGCAAUGGCGGCGUCCCUUUCAACUUCCGCUGCACGAUCCGUCGCCAGCUUCGGCCAGACCGUCGCUGGCGGGCGGUCCCUAUCGCACACCAAGCCUGCUCCCGCGUUCGUCAAAUCCGGAGGUCGCAAGGGUGUUCGCGCUGAGGCCAAGCCCACAGCCGAGGCGACAUUGACUGGCGUUGUGUUCGAGCCGUUCGCCGAGGUGCAGAGCCAACUCACCCAGGUUCCCGCCGUCAUCCAGCCGCAGGAGUCGUUCGCCCGGCAAAACUACUCCUCGGCCGCCGAGGCUGGGAUCAACGAGCAGAUCAAUAUCGAGUACAACAUCUCGUAUGUGUACCAUGCGCUGUACUGCUACUUCGACCGCGACAACGUGGCCCUGCCAGGCUUUGCCAAGUACUUCAAGGCAGCCAGCAAUGAGGAGCGCGAGCAUGCAGAGAAGCUUAUGGAGUACCAGAACAAGCGUGGUGGCCGGGUUAAGCUUCAGUCCAUCCUGAUGCCCGCGACCAUGGAAUUUGAUCACCCUGAGAAGGGUGAUGCUCUUUACGCGAUGGAGCUUACCCUAGCUCUUGAGAAGUUGGUCAACGAGAAGCUGUUGGCCCUUCACAAGGUGGCAUCUGACGCUGGAGAUGUUCAGCUUACCGAUUUCCUGGAGGGCAACUUCCUGAACGAGCAGGUCGAUGCCAUCAAGCAAGUGUCAGACUAUGUCGCCCAGCUGAGACGUGUUGGCAAGGGUCAUGGCGUGUUCCACUUUGAUCUGGAGCUGGAGGCUGGAGCGCACUGA